UGCUCUCCAUCGACACGCCGCAUAGCACGACUUCGUGGAUGGCCUACUUUCAGCUCACAAGUCGCCGUUAGUAAGAUCAUUAAACGCUUUAGUCGUGUCGAAAAUACACGCGCAUUAAGGGCCGUGCGCUUCGGCGCGUAUCCGAUAUUCGUACGAAGAGCCGAAGCGACGGCGCUGUCGAAACGUCUUUUCGAAGGAGGGAAAAUGAGGUCAGUUCUCGGCCCUGUUGCAAUAAUUGUCGUCAUGGGUGUAACCAGAAGUCUUCGCUUAUUGGAACAUCUGAAAGUGAACUGCACUCAAGAGGGUCUGAGAUGCAGUGCGGUUUUCAAUAACUGUUCAGGUGAACAUUUGCCAAAGCAGCACACACCCACCGCCCCGUUUGGAAAUGGGAAAGUAGGUGUGAGGAGGGACGUGACGGGGCACCUAGUGCCUGUCCUCAUCAUUAACUGGACUGCGAGGACGGACGGAAGCAUACGUGCACUUAAUGGAGCUGAGUUCCGGAUACGGGAGGUUGGCAGCAACCGCAGCGUUUGUCUCCAGUACAUCUUCCACAACAAAAUAGAGGACAUGAUGAACCCGCAAAGACGGCCGUGGUCAAAUUUAAUGGACAGAGCGGUUGUCCUUCCGGGACACACAUAUCAGUACUCCGUUUCUAAUUUGCCAAAGCCAAAAACAGGGAAUAAUGUGGUUGAGAAAACAAUCACCAUCCCAGAUUGCAGGGACCCCAUGAUACAAGAAGCCAGGGUGUGUGUAGAAAAUGGAAGCCUAUGGAAACCCAAUAUUUCCUGGAAUACAACAAGUCACCCCGACAGAUAUGUUAUCCAUGUGGGUUUCAAUACUGGGCAAUUUAGCGAGAAGUACCUGGUGUCGAUCCAGUGCAUGGAUGUUGCUCAGUUCCAGUCUGUCUUAAAGGGAAAUUCAACCUACAUGAAUGUAAGCUUCAGUGUAGCUCAACAGCCUAAGCUCUGCUGUGAGAGUGUAUUGAUCCAGCCAUUUUUUCCUCUUUGUCAUGGAAACUGUUCCUCACAGGGAAGACAGCUUCAGAAAUGUGAAGAUGUACCUGAAGCAGGCACAGACACCCAUCCUCUGAUUAUAUGGGUAAUACUGGGCUUGUGCUUAGCUUGUGGCCUCCUUACAUUUUUACUGUACAGGAAUCAAUUGAAAGGUGGCAGUCCAGAGGAAAAGUUCUCAAAGGAGUAUACCUCUUUUAACUGCUCUUCUGCAUCGUUAGAACACAUCCAGCACAGCCAGAUCACUUACCAGAGAAAGGUGCUCAUCAUCUACUCCCUUGACCAUGCCCUGUACAGAGAAAUUGUGCUCAAGCUCAGUGCCUUUCUGAGGGCUAAAUGCGGUACCGAGGUGGUUCUGGACCUGCUGGACACAGCGUGGCUGGGCACUGUUGGCCGCAUGCAGUGGCUGGACUGGCAGAAGCAACAGAUAGAAAAGUCCUCUGACAAAAUCCUCAUCUUGUGUUCCCGGGGAGUGCAGGCCAAGUGGAGAGCAAUGUGUGGUGGACACAAGGUGAUGCUGAAGGAGGACGUACGCUCUCCCAUGGGGGACAUGCUCACUCCUGCCUUCAGCCUCAUCAUACCAGACUUGCUGCAUCCAGUUGCUUUUGGCAAGUACAUAGUAGCUUACUUUGACGAUGUCAGUGCUGAAGAAGAUGUCCCUCCCCCUUUCAACAUCACCAUAAAAUACAAGCUGAUGAAGCAUUUUGAAGAGCUCUACUUCAGAAUCCUGGAUAUGGAGAAACACGAGCCUGGGAAAGUGAAGCGUGUGGAAGGCAUCGCAGAGGACGAAUAUUUCAGUUGUCCCUCAGGAAGAGCUUUGAGGGAUGCCAUUGAGGCCUUCCAAGCCUACCAGGUGGAAUAUCCAGACUGGUUUGAGAGGGAGUGUGUAGAUAGUGAGGAAGAGGCACUAGAUUCAAACCUGCAGUGCCCUCUUUUUAUAGAGAUCUGCAACAGCUCCACCCUGCAGUGUGUUCCAUGGUGUAGGGAAGAGCCUCCCAUGUUUUCCAAUACCAUAAAUACCGUUGAGGAAGACAAAGAAGUUCUUUCCCUCAACCCAUUAAUAAGUGAUGGAGAGGAAAAUUUUUUCACCCAGCAGGUUCUACCAGUAGCUCACCUGGAAGAGAACCAACUAUGCUCUGUACUCCCAGUUGCUCAUGUGGAAAAAAGCCAGGUAUACUCUGCACAUCCGGUUACUCGCCUAGAACAGAGUCAGGUAUACUCUAUAUACACAGAAGGAUACUGGAAGGAUAGCCAAGGAUACUCUGCAAACCCAGAUGUAAAGGAUAUUCUAGGUAUUCGAAAAGAUCAUAUCCACCUCUCUAAUUGUACAGACCCAAUGACUAAUGCAGCUAGCCAAGAACUGGUCAUCCAAGGAGAGACAAAGCCUCAAGGGAGGCCAGGUAGUGUGAAUUUUCCAGCGGACAACCUUGAAGAAGAGUUGGAUUCUUCCAGCUGCCUCUCAGCAGACACUCUAAAGAACCUCUUGACUCUCCAGCAGGCACUAGGGUCAGGGGCUCCUCUUCCACUUUGCUCUGUGGAGCAGGAGCUUCAUGAUCUACAGGCUACAAGCAGUGUGGGCCAAGAGUGGAUUCCUUGGAAGAGAUCAUUCAGCAGCUCAGAUCAGGGCUACAUUUCAAGGGUUCCCCCCCAUCUGGAUUGCUCUCUCAAGGAAGACUUCUCUGAACCAGAAUAGCCCAGUGGCAUUUACUGUAGUGUAGAAUGAGCACUGAGCUCCUUCUAACCACUAACCCUACCCCUCAGAAGAGCUAUCCAGCUGCUUUACGUUGAAGUUGUAGCACAGAAGAAACCAUUACUUCUGGAAGUACGUGUUGCCCAUCAAAGUUGUGAGUCAGACCACAAAACAAAUAAUGGCGAAAACAGGACAAUGUUUGCUUACUUUUUUCGAUUUUUAAAAAGUACAUCAUUUAUGUUGGGUGUCUUGUUGACUU